GAUGUGGGUGGAGUUGCUGAUGUUAAGUGUCUUCUGCAGGAAUGCUGCAGCGUCUGCAGCUGGAAUCUCAAGCGGACGACAUGAGCUUCAUCGGCUGUAUAGCAGAGACUAUGUUCAACGACAACACCACCAACUGGGGCCGGAUCGUGAGUCUGGUGGCCUUCGGGGCCGUGGUGUGCUCGCGUCUGAAAGAGCUGCAGAGGGAGCGGUGCGUGGAGACGGUGGCCCAGCAGAUCUCCUCCUAUCUGAUCUCCGAUCAGCACGACUGGCUGCUCAACAACAAGGGCUGGCAUGGAUUCGUGGAGUUUUUCCGCGUGGAGGAUGUGGAGUCUGUGAUUCGUAAUGCUUUGAUGGCUGUGGUGGGAUGCGCUGGGAUCGGCGCCGGUCUCGCUUUCCUGAUCCGGUGAAACUCCACUACCGUAUCGCUCUUGUGACUGACGCUGAAGCACUCAGAAGCAUGUCGUCUGGAGUCAAACUCCUGCUGUGCUCCGCUGGACUUGGCUUUAAGCCCCACAUGCGCUCACCAUCCCAGCAUGCACGGCACAAAGAUUGGGCUCGCCGUGAGCCAGUGAAUAGCAAGAUUUUUAUUUUCUCUAUAUCUAUUUUUUCUAAUAAAAAGCAUUCAGAAA